AUGCAGGAAGAUGGCCUAAGAGCUGCCAAACGACGCAAAGUCAACAACGAGCUCCAACAUCCAGAUGGCGAUAUCAGAGGCGCCUUUGAGCUACACAACUUACUCCGUUUCAAGCAGGCUGCAGACACAGAAGCGAAGGCUGGCAUAGAGCGCUUCAGGACUUUUCUCGUUGAUGUCGCCAACGAGAACAACUCUUCCGAACAGACGGUGCUUCUGAAAGUUCUCAAGCAGUACUGCGAUGAUCAGUCUUCAUCCUCAAAAAACCAGCUCGACUUCUCGGAUCUGCUCUUAACAUGGUCGUUCGCCGCUCAGAGUAAUUCCGAAUCAGUCUUGUCUGCAGUCCCUGCAGCUCUUGCUCAAUUCUUCCGCACUAUCAACAACGAACUCGACUUCCGGGAAUUUGGUCUUUCUCUGUGCCAUAGUCUACUCAAGACUGAUCAAGUUCGACUGAUAGAGCGAGGGCUUUCAGCACCAAAGCAUAAGGACUUUCUCAUCUCACCAUGUCUCCGUCUCUUGACAGAGAUACUGAGCUUCGACGCCGGGGCAGUCGCUGCGAAUGUCUUCUCCAGACGUGACAUCCUCUUCAAGCGACUGGACGUAUUGAUGGAUGCUCAAGCUCGCCAACGACAGGAGACCGAUCGUCGGAAGCCUACGGUAAGGAGGAACGCACAACGCCUGCUAUUGGCCAUGCUCAGAUAUCUCGACAACGAAGCCAAGUCGGAGCUGAUCACACAGGGAAGGGUGCUGUAUUCAUGCGUUCGUAAUCUCUUGCUAGAUGGCGGUGACAUCGUUCGAGAUGUUCUCAAGACCUUCCGCCUAAGUCUCUUCACACCCGAGCUGCAAAAGCUGGUCAAAUCUCGCUUUCUCAACGCCGGGAACCUACAGCUCUUCGCGCAGCUAUACGACUAUCCUGAAGAAGAGGCAGAUGCCGGGCUGGAUGUGCUUACAGUUCGACAGGCUGUACAUGAAUUUCUACUUACGAUCUGCACGUCUACCGGUGCAGCACUGAUACCUCAGACUGGAUGGUACCCGCCAGAGUAUGACCUUCCAGACUUUCAAGCUGACGACGCGGACUCUGGUAUCGACCUCGGUCUGGAUUCGCCCUAUCAAUCUGAAGACUACAUUACUGGAGCACCGGUCAAGAACACGAACAUCUCGAUGUUCUUGCAAAAGUUGUCCCCAUCGUCUGAUGUCUUGCACUCAGAUUUGAUGCUGAAGACGUUCGGGGCUGCUCCAGAGCUGGUUGCUGAUUAUUUCAUUAAGCGACCAAAGCCUUUAGGUGCACCCACUGACGACAACGCAUGGGUUGGACAUUUCGGCUUUCUGUAUUCGAUUGUCGAGCUGCCUCUACCACCGUUUUCGAGCCACGGUGACCGGCGUCCGCUGACUCCUCCUCCUACCUCUGUCGUGGUGGAGAGCAUCCUACCUCGACCGCUCGACCGAGCUACAUUGACCUCAUUUUUGAAGAAGAAUGAGGACCUCACAGUGAUCUCAGCUUGUCGAGUCGUCACUGUGGCUCUGCAGAAGCUUCAGAGUGCCCUCGCUACUUUCAAAGACGGUCUGUCACGGCCACAGCUCUGGUCACAAGCCGCAACUCGCCUGACGCGGGUCGUGGCCGAGCGUGUUCCCGUCUACGGUGAGAUCGUGGCCGCACUACAGAAGACCGCGAAAGAUGCUCACGAUGUUCGUGGCACAAUACUGGAGUGUAUGGCUGUGUACCAGCAGAUCUUGCCGCAAGUCGCAGCCGUAUCCUCGUUUGACCCAAGUCCAGCGUUGUUAGGUGUGCUUGAACUUCUCCGUGAUACGAAACUUGACGCUGCGGCACGAAGUGGCUUGGAAAAGCAAGAGAUUGCCCUCGUCAUGAUUGCAGGUCUCUCCCGGAGUACGAAAUGGUGGCACAAGCCGCAGUCGGACCAGCUCUGUCUCAUGAUGCAAUUGUUCAUGAGCCUCAGAGGAUCGGAAGAGACUGUUUGUACAGCGAUACGCGAUACAGUCCACCCCAUUCUCGUCGAGAAAGGUGUCCUCGUCCCAAAGAAGGCUAGUUGGCUCGCGCUCACGGCGAGCUUGUCCGACUCAAUCGUCAAGGACGAUGCAGUACUUCCUGACUUCAUCGAGAACUGCAUGAUUCGCAUCACAAAGCAGCCAGUCAAGUACCUUGAGCUCGCCGAGAGAGCGGGAACAGCAGCAUCCGAGGCGGAAUCUAUUAGUCUCAUAGCCUGCGCCAUCUCUGAGCAAUGGCCAUUCCUCCUUAAGAACGAUGACCUGGACGGCCUCGCGGAAUUCGUGGCCAAGUUUUUCGUCCUCCUCGCUGCUGCGGAUGAAUCAGCGCCUGUUCUUAAACAUUUCAAGAAUCAAAUGCUUGAUGCUUCCGAAAGCCACAAGCAGCAUCGCAAGACGCUCAAGAAGGCCUUCGAGAGGCAAAAGCGCGAUCCAAUUGCUCUACCCGUUUCUUCGACACCGGCCGCGACAGCAGCCCCGGCUCGGGAGUCUAUCGAACAUCGAGACCAUAAGCAAGUCGUUGAUCCGUUCCCAGCACAGACCGCCUUGCCGACUACCAUCAAAUCACUUCCACCUACCUACAACAUCGAAUCUGACCUCACGAUCAACCCUUCAACCUCACGUAUGGCAGCUCUCAUUCGUAGCCUCUCCUCGCCCAUCUCCGAGGUCCGCCUCGGCGCACUCUCCAGCCUAUCGGCCCUGCUACCUACCCUCCUGGGCUCCAACACCACGACCACCGACUCGACGAUGAAACCUUCCGCCACGAACAGCACCACCAACAAUCACCCCAACUCCGCAUACUCUGAAUCGCCACAAAUACACACCCUACUCGGCACGCUCCUCGAAACCGCCCGCAAUCACACCCUCUCCCAACCCUCCACGCCCAUCCCAUCCCUAAUCACCUCGUUGGCCGCAACAUUUUACCUUCCAACUCUAACAGACCCGUCCGCAUCCCUCUACGCCAGAAUCAACAGCUACCUCCUCCGCUAUCCCAACUGGUUGCCCCUUACCCGUAUUUUGCCUUACUGGAUCGAGCACUUGCUGCUCGAGGAAUCGGACAACGACGAUCACGCUACCGAGAUCUGCCAGUUUCUGACUGCCAUCGGCAAUGGCGUGCUCACACCCGAAGACGUCUCACUGUGUCGAAGGGCACAUCUGUUCGAGCGCUUGGGAUCGCUGUACUUCCAGCCCGGUUUGCGAAGGGAGGUGCGCAAGGCUGUGCUGCGGGUGUUCUGGGUGACUGCUGGGAUCGAGGGAGGAGCGGAUAUGUUGAUCACAAGAGUUGGGGUUAGGGCGUGGUUGGAUGUUGUGGAGCCGAAAGAGGAUGCGGUGCUGGAGAUGAAGGGCUUGGUGGAGGCGUUGAGGGCGAGGAUUGAAGGGGGCUCUGAUGCUGAGUAUAUUAUGAGGUGGGAGAUGGGUUUGAGUGGGACUGGAAAGCCGGAGGAGGAGCAGAAGAUGGCUGGAUUGGGAGUUGGGAUGAAAGGUGGUGCCUGA